AAUUCUGUCAACGCCCUGGCGGGGUUUCUACGAGAAAUUCGUAUUUUACAGUAGUUUACAUAAUCAUCGCAAGGCUUGCAAUGGCUGAUCUUUCACAGUUAAAAGCUAUUCUUUCGGGGAAUAUUAUUUUACCGUCAGAAAACGAGAAAGCUUAUCAGCAGGAGGUCGACGAAACGUGGAAUGCCGCGAUUCGUGAGCGCAAACCUGCCGCGUUCGUCAGAGUGGCAACGGUAGAAGAUGUGGCCAACACUGUCAAGUUUUGUGUACAGAACGAGCUUGAAAUGUGCAUUUGUGCUGCAAAGAACAGUGACUUUGCACUGGCAGAGGAUGCUGUGGUGAUAGACCUUUCUGAUUUGAACACCGUCACAGUGGAUGUGGAAGGCAAGGUUGCUGUCGUAGGUGCAGGUGCAAAAAUGAGUGAUGUUGACAAGGAAACAGCACGUCAUUCUCUAGUUACACCCCUUGGAAGUUACUCUGAGCUGGGUGUGGCAGGGUUCACACUACUUGGAGGAACAGGUUUCUUAAGCAGGUCUUAUGGCUGUACUGCUGAUAAUGUAUUAGAGUUUGAGCUAGUUACCGCUUCGGGAGAUGUUAUAAAAGCCAGUGAGGAUGAAAAUCAAGAAUUAUUUUGGGGAAUGAAAGGAUAUGGGUCCAAUUUUGGGGUGGUUACGUCCAUGAAAUUUCAGCUUUAUGACAUUCCAGACAAUAUAAUUGGAGGAGACUUGUAUUAUCCUGUAUCUAAAGCACCAGAUGCAUUUAAAAUUACACGAGACUUUAUCCGUGAAAAGGCAGACAAUAGACUUGCUGUUUACAUGAUGGUGCACUACAAGUGUAGUGGACCACAAGCACUCUGCCGUUUUCUAUUCAUUGGACCACCUAAGGAGGGAGGUGUUCUUCUGAUGGAGCUAACAAGUCUGACAAAACCAUUAGUGAACAAAGUCAAACCGAUACCAUUUGAUGAGUUCCAGAAGAGUGGUGACUGGUUGGUCACCAGAGGGUGUGUUUAUUAUGCACCAAUGGGAAAUUUUGUAACAGAACUUACCGAUGAGGGUAUCGAUAUCAUCUUUGAUGGGAUCAACCAAGCACCUGAACCAGGCGUCAUAACGGACUCUAACAUUUACAUAACAAGUCUUGGAGGAAAAUUAAAGGAAAUACCAGCUGAGAGCAGCCCUUACCCGUUUAGACAAGCAGAGUACUGGGUUGGUAUUGUUUCUGCAAUACACGGCUCGGACUCACACGACGCAGUGAAAUCCUGGGUCGACAACAUUGACAAGAGAUUGUCCAAAUAUGGAAUCUUCCCACAAGGCAGAGAGGCAGAAAAAGAACAGGAGAGACUCAAGGAGUUGAAACUGAAGUACGAUCCUGAAAACAUUUUCCAUCAAAACAUUAAUAUCGAUACUAAAAAGGGUUAGGAAACUUUGUUUUAUCGUUAGUUUUUAAUGUAUUGUUGUUCAGUGGUAUUCACGACCCCACAAGCUUUGUAGCUUUAACUCUUAUCGUGUCGAAAUAAAGGUUUUAUGUUAUGUUAUGUGAUGCAGUCUGGUGAAACUACACGCAGCAUUGUUAGAUACCGGCCAUUGUGUUUUCGGAAUACGUUCUCAAGCGUUCAUGCAAGUUCCAUGUUUGUUGAGUUUGUUGUCCGCUGUAUAACUUGCGAGGCUAAAAGCUCCUUGCCUUGUCGUGACAGUUUGCAUUUUGUGGUUUGUAUUGGCAACUUGAAACACACUGUAACGUAUUUUUUUAAUUUAAACAAGAAACGGUAAAAAGUAAUAGUUUUUCGUUCCUGGCUCCUCGGCAACUCUGUGUAAGAAGUGUCACAGAAUUCCGCAAUAAAAUUUCAAAACACGACAACCGACUUAUUUUGAUCCAAGAAUUCUUGAGAAUUUCAAAGAUCCUGUUAUUUUGACCCAACUUAACUGAUACCCUAUUGUCCAUGACAUGCAAAUGACGAUAACAGCGAUAACGACGGCGCGCGCAGUACAAAUAUCCAAAUAUGGUCAAACUAGAACAGAAUCCAGGUUAUUC